GUUUUUAAGUCACGGGGCACAGUCCACUUCGGUUGUCAGGUCAAAUACAUCCUAAAUAAAAAAUGAACCGUUUGAUCAUCGCUCUUGCUGCUCUCUCUGCGGUCUACGCUGUACCUCACGGACAUGGAAUUCUUUUGAAUCACGGAGUAGGUCUGGCCCUUGGGGGUGACUUAGGGGGACACGGAGUCCUCUUGUCAGGUGGAAUUGACAACGGUGCGUCAAUUGUGGGACCUGAAGUGCACGGAGCUACAUUAGUUGGACCCGCUACUCACGGAGUAUCUGUCGUUGGACCCGAAACGCGUGGAGCUUCCAUUGUUGGACCACAAACCCACGGAGCAUCGAUUGUAGGACCACAAACUCAUGGAGCAACCAUCGUAGGACCACGAACUCACGGAGCAACUAUUGUCGGUCCCCGUGCCGAAGGAGCCGCCAUUGUCGGACCUAGAGUUGGCGGAGCACAUAUCAUCGGUGCUAGUGCAGGAGGAGUAGCCGUUUUGGGAUCUGCUGGUGGAUAUGGUGGUAUCCUCGGAACCGGUAUCGGACUUGGAGGUGGAUUAGGACGCGGAUUGGGAGAUGGCGUCGGUGCCGGAGUUGGAAUCGGACAUCAUGGGGUGCACGUAACUGGACCCAUUGCCGUCCCAGCAACCAUCUCCGGACCCGCUGGCAAAAUCCAUGCCGAAGGAGUUUGGGGACCAACUUUAGCUCAUGGUCACGGACAUUACUGAAGUCUGAGAUCGUCAAAAAUCUUCGAAAUUCGAUUAUCAAAUAUUCCUAAAAUAUAUUUCUAGAAACACUUUCCUCAACGUGCAUCUAGUUUAUAGUAUUUUAAGAAAUUUUUGUUAAUUAGUAUUUCUAGACUGAUUCUUGUUAUGCCGACCUAUACACUGCUUCCCUUGUACAUUUUGUAAUUAUAUGCAUUGAUAACAUUUUAAGGUGCAAUGGGUUCAAUAAAGAACUUUAAAAAAUUAA